AUGGGAACGAUCUCACAAGAUCACGCCAAGCUAGACUCGGACACGAUUGCUGAGGCUAUGAAGUCAUUGGUUGAAUCUGACCCAUCUAUAAAGGUGAAAUUUAUAAUUGCAAAUGUCCAGGCAAGAUUCCACUACACUAUUAGUUACCGAAAAGCAUGGUUGGCAAAGCAGAAGUCGAUAAUAAAAGUUUUCGGUGGAUGGGAAGAAUCUUACCAAGCUUUGCUGAUGUGGUUCUCUGCAAUAGUUCAGAAGAUGCAUGGUUCACAAGUCCAAAUAAAAACACAACCCCUGUAUAAUAGGAGUGAAAAUGUGGAGGGUGUUAGGAUAUUUCAUCGAAUAUUCUGGAGUUUCAAGCCAAGCAUAAUAUCCUUCAAAUAUUGCAAGCCACUGGUUCAGGUUGAUGGCACCCACCUAUGCAGAAAUUAUAAAGGUUGCCUUUUGGUUGCAGUUGCACAAGAUGGGAAUCAAAACAUUGUGCUUGUUACUUUUGCCAUCAUAGAGGGUUGA